AUGAAACGUUUCAGAGCAGAUCCAUUGGAAGGCCCUAGCCGGUUACUUGACUCUCCCAAUUUUAAUGGCCCUAGAAAUCAGUCUACGCGUGAAUUUACGCCAACAAUGCGCCGGCGCAAACGCAUUUCAUCACCGAGUACUGUGGAAGCGUCGCCUAUACUCAUACCCCGUCAUGUUAUACCGAGGCAUAAGACGCAUGGUCGCAUUCUAAAGGUUGUAGUUGCAAAAAUGAGGUUUGAUGACGACAAUGCAGGGGUGUUCCCUCCAAGGAAAGAGAAGAUGGAGGCAAGAAAGUCAGAUAAAAACGGAUCCUCACAGGACAUAGAGACGUGCGAAAAACCCAGCUCAUCUCCAGAUAAACCGCUCUCUCCGUGGCAAAAUACUAAUUCACCGCGAGAUAAAAGUGUCCCACCUUGGGAACGACCUGGCUCAUCUAAAGAUAAACACGUUUCGCCCUGGGAUAAUCCCGAGCCAUCCCGAGAUGGUUCACCCCGGAAUAAUAAUAAGCAAUCCCAAGGUGGGUCACCCUGGGAAAAACCUGGUCCAUCUCGAAAUCAAAGCAAUUCCCCUUUCGACAAAGCUGGUUCAGCUUUAGAAAAAGCAAACACAUCGCUAGAAAAUGAUUGCGUGGCUGAAGUUUCACCUCACUUGUCAUCGCAGGAAAGUGAAGAGGGAAAUUCACAUAAACCACUUUUGAAAUAUAGAUGUCAGAAAAGGUCCGUGUCCCGAGAUAAUACAGGUUUUGGCGAAAGUAGCCCAUCGAACUUAAGAAUCCCCUUGAGUGUUAUGCGAGAUAGGCGGAAGCCAAAGACAAAAAAUGAUAUUUAUAGGUUUUCCACUGAUUCUCAAAACAGUGAAGAGUUUGAUGCGCCGAGCCCCAAUGGUUCGACGAACACUAGAGUCAUCGUGCAAGAAGCUCAAGUAAAAAUGGACCUGGAAAGCCGCACUGCUAAGCGAAAUAAUAGUACGGAUAGUGUCAACGACUCUAGUGAAGAUGUACCGAAGACAAGGACAAGGCGGGCGCGAAAACCUGUUGUCUAUAAGGAGAAUAUUAAAGGGUUAGAUUUUUUUACCAUAGAUACUAUAGACCAGGGUAGAUAG